AUGCGCCUGGUCCACCCGACCUACCAAAACCCUGCUUCCCACCAGCAGGCUGUGAAGUGUGGCCGUCCACCUUUGUCCCCGCUGAUGCUCAGCAGCACCCGAGAUGUCGUACUGCAUGUUGCUAGCCUAAGACAAGACCGGACAGCAAACUGGAAGUCUGUUGCCAUCGAAGUCAUCGGCCAGCAGCACUGCCACAAGGCCAAGGCUGCGGACAUCCCCCACGUGGACACCGAGGUGCUGAAGAAGCUCACCAGGAACAAGAAGCUGGCCGAGACGUAUGGUGCCUUUUUGGCCUCAGAGUCUCUGAUUAAGCAGACCCCACGAAUCCUGGGCCCAGCCGGCAAGUUCCGCUUCCUGCUGACACACAAGGAGGACAUGGUGGCCAAAGUCGAUGAGGCGAAGUCCACAAUUCAGUUCCAGAUGAGGAAGACACUGUGUCUGGCCAUGGCAGUCGGCCACGUGAAGAUGACAGACAAUGAGCUUGUGUACAACAUCCACCUGGCUGUCAACUUCCUGGUGUCACUGCUCAAGAAGAAUCGGCAGGGGCUGGCACCGUGACGCACCAGGUUAACCCUCCACCUGCAGCGCCGGCAUCCCAAAUAGGCACUGGUUCAAGUCCCGGC